AUGGCCUCUGUUAUCGAAUCUGGCUGGCUGUAUUUGAUUACGCAUUUCAGCGAUUUUCAAUUGGCAUGUCUUGGAAGUUUCUUUCUUCAUGAAAGCGUCUUCUUCUUGUCUGGACUUCCUUUCAUUUAUCUUGAAAGGGCUGGAUGGCUGAAAAAGUACAAAAUUCAGAUGAAAAACAAUACUCCUGCAGCUCAGGAGAAAUGUAUUAUUCGCCUACUCUUGUAUCAUUUUGGAGUUAAUCUACCAGUUAUGCUAGCCUCCUAUCCUGUCUUCAGACACAUGGGCAUGCAAAGUAGUCUUCCAUUCCCGUCCUGGAAAGUAAUUCUAACGCAGAUAGCAUUCUACUUCAUCCUGGAAGAUUUCGUAUUCUACUGGGGACAUCGGAUUUUACAUACAAAAUGGCUGUACAAGCAUGUGCACAGUAUCCAUCAUGAAUAUGCUACUCCAUUUGGAUUAACUUCCGAAUAUGCUCAUCCUGCUGAGAUACUGUUCCUUGGCUUUGCUACCAUCAUUGGUCCUGCCAUCACUGGGCCCCAUCUGCUAACUUUGUGGUUAUGGAUGGUACUAAGGGUCCUGGAGACAGUCGAAGCACAUUGUGGUUAUCAUUUCCCGUGGAGCCUCUCCAAUUUUUUACCUUUGUAUGGAGGUGCUGAUUUUCAUGACUACCAUCACCGCUUGCUGUAUACUAAAUCUGGAAACUACUCAUCUACUUUCACCUACAUGGACUGGGUAUUUGGUACUGACAAAGGCUAUAGAAAGUUGCAACAAUUGAAGAAUGCUGGGGUGGAAAAUGGUGGCAAGCAAAUGUAA